GCUGCAGCCUAGCACAGACAGCAUGUACACUUGAUUCUGCUGAAGCAUACCUGCUCUUACUUAAAGCGGGGAAUGAAAUAUCUGUUUUUAGUGAAUCUGGAUGUGUAAUGAUCCUGAAAGAUUACCAUAUUUCUGAAAAUAAACUACAUCCUGAGAAAUAUGUUUUAGUCCAAAGACAGGCCAUGACUGAUUUCAAUGAAGAGUGUCAUUGAGUGUUCUGGUGUAGUUGUGACAGCAAUAGUUCUAGACAGAUUUCCUCUUUGAAUACUAAUGUGAACAUGUCAAUUAAAGAACUUCAAAGGUUGUAUCCUGACUGUAUCCAUAUAAAAGCAUCAAGAAAAGUUUACAGAAAGUAUGACCAAGACAAUGGGAUUGAGGCUAUAGAUGAAUCCUUUGUUAGAGAGCAAGGUGCAGAUCACAGGUAUCUGGCUUCUGAAGAGUUUUUUGAAGUACCUCAUACAAAAUUACUUGUUUGUCGGAGAGGAGGAUCAAGCCGCUUUGGACUGGUGGAUAAGAAAUUAAAGUGUCAGAUAUGCAAGAAGGAAUGUGAGCAUUCAAGACACUGUAGAGAGGUGAAAAACAGAGGCUUUCAAAGUCAAUACUUUGAGCUGAUUGAAAAUCUAUUAUCACCUGAACCAGAUCAAAAUUCCAUACAGGCGAUCAGAACUGAAGCUAUUUGCUUAUAAAUUCAAUAUAUUCAGCAAGUUUUAGGUCUCAUUAGAAGGUCAGUAUCCAA